AUGUACAUCACCCUUUACUAUAUAGUCACCCGGCUCCCUGACUCUCUACGCGUAGUCAGAGACCACUUCCUCUCUAUCUGCCCCACCACUCUCACCAUUGACCUCCUCGAGAAGACCCUCCUAGCGAUAGAGAAGAGCAUAUUCGCUGUAGGAGCCUCUCGUGGUGACCCUCGCACCCCCGUCUUUGAGGGGUGUUCUCCCUCCCCCCUCUUGCCCUCUGUUGCCUCUGCUGCUGCGGCCGACCUCGUUGGUUUCGAGGCGCUGGAGGGGCAGGAGGGGGCGGUGGAGGUGGUGUUGGAGGCAGUGGAGGGAGUAAGGGUGGUGGUGGGAGUGGUGCCGGGGGUGGUGGCGGCGGCGGCAGCAGUGGAGGCGGCUGAGGCAGUGGAGGUGGCGGAGGGAGCGGAGGCGGCGGAGGUGGUGGAGGAGGCGGAGGUGGAGGAGGCGGCAGAGGCGGCAGCGGCAGCGGAGGCGGCGGUGGUGGAGCGGGUCGUGACUCUGCGCCGAGGAGUGGCGCCGGUGGUGGCCGGGGUUGCUAUCUUUGGUCUUGACUUUGAUGCUAUUCUUGCUGCCAUGUAUGCUGUAGCUGAUAGUGUUGAGGGUGCCUGUUACCUGUGUGUACCGCCUGAACCGGGCAUUGAGGCUGCUACGCUAGGUGCUGAUGAGGCUGCUGCUCUAGGUGCUAGUGCGUCUGCUGCCCCAGGUGCUGGUGCGUCAGCCGCCCCAGGUGCUGGUGACUCUGCUCCCUCAGGUACUACGUCGGCUCAGGCCUUCCACACCUUCACCUUGGACUCCGGUGCGUCCCGCUCCUUCUUUCGAGACCGCACCACACUUACGCCGCUCAGUCAGCCGGUUGCAGUCUCCCUUGCAGACCCCUCUGGGGGUCCUGUCCUUGCUAGCUUCUCCACUGUCCUACCGUGCCCGGCAGCCCCCUCUGGCACCCUGUCUAGUCUCUACCUCCCCUUGUUCUCUACGAACUUGGUAGCUGCGUCGAGUCAGGUGUUUGCUGCGGCGUCCUGGUCCGGUCCUGAGUCUGCUCCCUGCUCGUGUCAUCUGCUGUCCCACCAUACUCUCCUUUGGCACCACCGCCUUGGUCACCCCUCCUUGCCUCGCCUCCGAGGCAUGGCCUCAUGUGUCGUUGUCUGUGGUCUCCCUCGGUCUCUCCCUCCCCUUCCUUCAAGGCCUAACCCUACCUGCGUCCCCUGCGUCGAGGGGCGACAGCACGGUGCCCCUCACUCAUAUGAGUUUCCUCCGACAAAGGCUCCACUGCAGACUCUCCACAUGGACGUGUGGGGCCCAGCCCACGUCCGUGGGCAGGGACGCGAGCGGUACUUCCUGCUGGUGGUUGACGACUACUCGCGUUACACCACAGUCUUCCCCUUGUGCGGCAAGGGUGACGUCACUGAGGGCAUCCGCCAGACCUUCACGCUUCCGGCCUCUCCACAGCAAAAUUGGAUUGCUGAGCGCCGCAUUGGCAUGGUCAUGGACUUCGCCCGUACGUCCAUGAUGCAUGCGGCUGCCCCCCAUUUUCUGUGGCUGUUUGCGGUUCAGUACGCCGCGCAUCAGCUCAACCUUCAGCCCUGGUUCUCCUUGCCAGAGACCUCCCCCGCCUUGCGGUGCACUAGGAAGCUAGGCGAUGCGUCUGCGUUUUGGGUCUGGGGAUCUCGUGCGUUUGUCCGCGACUUGUCUGCGGACAAGCUGUCCCCCCGUGCUGACGUCACCUUUGACGAGUCGGUGCCUUACUACUGUCUCUUCCCCUACCGCACUGCGCCCCUCCCCCCGCCGCCGCUCUUCCUUGCGCCCGGUGCUACCCAGCUAGACCCACUCCUCCCUCAGGGUCCUGCCACGUCACGUGUGUCCCAGGUAGACGCAGUCGAGCCUGUCGAGGUAGCUGUUGACUCUGGUGCUGCUAGAGGUGCUGAGCCUGCGGGUGCCGGAUCUGGAGGUGCUGAGUCUGGGGGUGCUGAGACUUGGGGUGGUAAGUCUGGGGGUGCUGAGACGUGGGGUGCUGAGCCUGGGGGUGCUGCGCCUGGAGGUGCUGAGCGUGGGGGUGCGGAGCUCGGGGGUGCUGGGUUUGCUCGUGUGGCCGACGGCGAUGCUUUGUCGAGGCGGGAGCCGCUCUCUCUACAGGAGGUGCGCGAGUGGUUUGCCCACCGCUGGAGACGUGCUGCUGAGUCUGGGGGUGCUGCUGGAGUUACUGGAGUUGGUCCUCCUGGAGCUGCUGUCGGUGCUGGUGCUGCUGGAGGUGGAGCUGCUGCGGGUUUUGGCGCUGGUGUUUCUACUGCUGCUGGUGCGUCUCGGGGUAUUGCUGAGGCUGCUGGUGCUGACGGUCCUACUGGAGUUGGUUCUACUGGAGCCGCAGUUGCUAGAAGUGUUGGUGCUUGCGGUGCUGCAGGCGCUGGUGCUUCUGAGGGUGCUGGAGUUGGCGCUGUUGGAGCUGGAGGUGCUGCUGGCGCUGGUGCUGCCGCUGGGGGUACUGGUGCCGUCCUUGCUGAUUCUGGAGGCGCUGCCCGGCCGAGGCCGUACUUCAUUCCGCUCCUGGAGCAAGUUCUUGAGUCCUCUCUUCCUUCUCUUGCUGACCCGGUGUCUGACUCUCUUCGUGCUGCUAGUCCUACUAUCACGCGUCUCUUGGCUACUAUUGUCACUGAUCCUUCCUUUGAGUCCACUACUGCGUCUGCCUUAGUUGCUGAGCUUGUCGACUUUGCAGCUACCUGUCGUCGAGACUACGCUACUAGUCUUAUUGCUGAGUCUGAGUUUGUCUGUCCUCCAUCCGUCGGGGAUGCACCAGACAUCCCGACUCCUCGAUCGUACGCUGAGGCGAUCAAGGGUCCCUACUCCUCACAGUGGCAGUCAGCCAUAGACGCACAGAUGGCUUCCUUGAAGUCCAUAGGCACCUACGUCGACGAGCAAGUCUACGGUCUCUGCGAAGCGCCCCGUCAAUGGCACGACACGCUGAGGACUACGCUUGCGGCUCUUGGGUUUGCUCCUUCUACAGCCGACCCGUCGCUGUUUCUGCGCACCGACACCUCUCUGCCGCCGUUCUACAUCCUCGUGUACGUCAAGGACUUGGUCUUUGCCGCUGCUGACACUGCUUGA